GAAGAUUGCGACCUGCUGACACUCCACAAGCCUCCAUCAUGCCUCAGAAGAGCAAAAAAGACAAGGACUCCACAAAGUCUGGAAAGGCAAAAAAAUCUGCAAGUGAAAAUGAGCCUGCAAGUGAUGAUGCUUCCAAUAAAAAAGUACCUCCCACCACUCAGCUGAUGAGGAUAAAGCAGCCGGGGUCACACACGGCUGUGAGGAGGGAGAAGAGGUUCAGCUCUUCGUGCUUUGCCCUCAGCACCAACAGAGAGCUGCACAAACUGGAUGCUCUCGCAGAUGUGGCCCCAGCCGAGCAGGAGAAGCUCUUCAUCCAAAAGCUGCGGCAGUGCUGCGUCCUCUUCGACUUCCUGUCGGACCCGCUGAGUGACCUGAAAUGGAAGGAGGUGAAGCGGGCGGCGCUCAGCGAGAUGGUGGAGUACAUCACCCACAAUAGGAAUGUCAUCACGGAGCCCAUCUACCCGGAGGUGGUUCACAUGUUUGCAGUGAACAUGUUUCGAACACUGCCUCCUUCGUCCAAUCCGACGGGAGCUGAAUUUGAUCCCGAGGAGGACGAGCCGACACUCGAGGCGGCGUGGCCACACCUCCAGCUGGUCUACGAAUUUUUCCUUAGGUUUUUAGAAUCGCCCGACUUUCAGCCCAACAUAGCAAAGAAAUACAUUGACCAGAAAUUUGUUAUGCAGCUUCUAGAACUAUUUGACAGCGAAGAUCCCAGAGAGCGAGACUUCCUCAAAACGACUCUUCACAGGAUCUACGGGAAGUUCCUCGGGCUGAGAGCUUACAUCCGAAAGCAGAUCAACAACAUUUUCUAUAGGUUUAUCUAUGAGACGGAGCAUCACAAUGGUAUUGCUGAACUACUGGAAAUACUUGGAAGCAUUAUCAACGGAUUUGCCUUACCGCUAAAAGAAGAGCACAAGAUUUUCCUGUUGAAGGUUUUGUUACCUCUACACAAAGUGAAGUCACUCAGUGUCUACCAUCCGCAGUUGGCUUACUGUGUGGUGCAGUUUUUGGAAAAGGACAGCACUCUAACUGAGCCGGUGGUCAUGGCGCUCCUCAAGUAUUGGCCAAAGACUCACAGUCCCAAGGAAGUGAUGUUCCUCAACGAACUAGAGGAGAUUCUGGACGUCAUCGAGCCGUCUGAGUUUGUGAAAGUGCAGGAGCCUCUCUUCCGCCAGCUGGCCAAAUGCGUGUCCAGCCCGCAUUUCCAGGUGGCCGAGCGAGCGCUGUACUACUGGAAUAACGAGUACAUCAUGAGUCUGAUCAGCGACAACGCAGCCAAGAUUCUCCCGAUCAUGUUCCCCGCUCUGUACCGCAACUCCAAGACCCACUGGAACAAGACCAUCCACGGCCUCAUCUACAAUGCUCUGAAGCUUUUCAUGGAGAUGAAUCAGAAGCUCUUUGACGACUGCACACAGCAAUUCCGAGCCGAGAAAAACAAAGAGAAGGCCAAGUCGAAGGAGCGCGAAGAAGCUUGGAUCAAGAUCGAGAACCUCGCCAAGUCCAAUCCGCAGUUCUCUGUGCUUGUUGAUCCCUCUGACUUCAAUAGUCCAGUAGCAAUGGAGACGGAUGUUCCUUUGAUAGAAGAUGUUCAGAGGUUAAAAAAGACAGUUGAAGAAGGCGCAACUCAGCCACUGCACGGCCAGUGGAAGGAACGGCCCAUGGUGCGGCGCAAAUCUGAGUUGCCUCAGGACAUCUACACCACAAAAGCCUUGGAGACCCACCGCAGAGCUGAAGACAUGUUGACCGCCCGCGACGGACUCUAGAUCCAACUGCCCCUCCACGGCCAUGGACACCCUGUCACCCAUCCAUCGUUUGUUGUUGUCACUGUGUUUUUUUGUUUUGUUUUUUGUUUUUAAACCCAUGUCCUUAGUUCUCUUUCAUUCCGGCAGCCCCUUUGGGUGCAGCACACUAGACCUGUGACCAUUACAGAAGCUCCGUAUUCAGAUUUCUGCUUUCUCAGGUUCUUUUUUUUUUUUUUUUUUUUUUUUUUUUUUGGAGAAGGACGUCCAUUUGUGUCCAUGUGUCUUUUAGCCCACGGAGUUGCUUCAGUGUCGUUCCCUCCCGCCACCUCCGUUGCCCCUCUCACGCUUAACUGUGGAACCUAGGGGGAAAAAAAAAAAGCAAUGAUGAUACGGCGACAGGUUCCCAUAUAUACUUUGUCGGGAUGUGGAGCUGCAGGAAGAGUUGAAUGGAUUUUUAUUCUCCAACGCACGGAAGGCAAGAAAGGUCAAAGGAAAGAUGACGCUUUCCUGUUGUCAGUUUUUCUUUAGUCUUUUAAUGGACAGCUUGUCAGUGCCAAGACUGUUGUGUGUUUUUCUUAUUAAUCUCCGAUUCAAACUGGGGCACUUGCCUUUGGUUUUGGUCAUUAGUGGGUUUUCUUUUUGUUUCUUUCUUUUUAGUGUAGCACACUUAACGACCAAACUCAGGCCUGUCAGUCGCCUUGCAAUGUCCAGGUAGGCAGCGAGGAAAGAUGAUGGUGUCCUGUGGACAUCCGUCACUUUCCGUUGUUUUUUUGUUUCUCUUUCUUUUCCAUGUGCCAUUUUGCCGCUGUUUAUGUACGCUUGAUUCGUUGUGUUCAUAGGCGAAGUUUGAAAACCGGUCGACCGUCUUGCCCACUCAGUUCAAACAAUGGUACUGCUGAAUGUGACUUCAGAUAGAUCCCUGUACGUUUGGACAAACGAGUCAAAUAUCUCCACAAUUGACUGAUAAAAUCUUCUAAUUUAUUAAAAUCAAGCUCUAGGAACUUAGCUAAGUAUAGAUGCACUUAAUACUAAAAUAGAAAUACCAAAAAUCCCUCUCGUCAAGCUCUGUUUGCUUUACCACCGUUUGUCCAUUAGAGAAUCAGUACUGUUGUUUCAACUAACGCGUCAGGCGUGUUCUGAUUUCGUCAUAUUUGAUGUGCUAGUUGUCUCGUCCCUGGAGGUGAAAUAGUUGGGCUGUCCCAGCCCAAAAAGGGGGCCAUGCUGAACAGUGAACUGACAUUGUGACUUGGCUCGUUUAACUGUAUUUAAUACUGUAUUUGCUUGAAUGCAAAAAGUUGUAAAUUCAAAAGUACCAUGUUAAACAUGUACCUUUUACUCCGGAGGAAUGCCAUUCAACCAAACUUGAUUUUUUUUUUUUUUUUUCCUCGUUUCUAAAAAAAAAAAAAAAAAUAACCCAUGCUUGCUGGGAAAGAUGAUCUUUUAUGGGUUUUAUGAGUUACUUUUAGUGCAUACAGAAGGUCCUUUUGGACAAAGAGAGGUGAAUAAAAAUCUAUUUGUUGGCUUGUCUUUUUGCAGAUCUUUUCAUUUUAACAUUUUAUUUCUAAAACAUAACUUAAGUGUCCUUUUGUAUGUGACUUGUACCAUAUGGAUUCAUUUAAUAUUGUAUAUAUGAUUUACCUUGUUUCAUGUAGUGUGAUAUAUCUAGAUCAAUUUUGUACAAAUUGUCCUUCUGUACAGAAUAAAACCUCCAUAGCAAGUGAAAACGUCAA